AUAAUAUUGAAUGAUUGCUUGUUUGCAGUAUGUUCGACGUUGGUGGUCAACGUGAUGAGAGGAGAAAGUGGAUACAGUGUUUUAACGAUGUAACGGCAAUCAUAUUUGUAACAGCAUGUAGUAGUUAUAACAUGGUACUCAGGGAGGAUCCGACAAAAUUGAGACUCAGAGAAAGUUUGGACCUCUUCAAAAGCAUUUGGAACAAUCGGUGGCUUCGCACAAUUUCCGUAAUUUUAUUCUUAAACAAACAAGAUCUAUUAGCGGAAAAGAUAAAAGCAGGAAAGCACAAAUUAGAAGAUUAUUUUCCAGAUUUUGCGAGAUAUCAGACACCGGUCGAUGCUGGGGUAGUAGUAGAUCCUUCGGAACCUCCUGACGUUAUGAGGGCCAAGUACUUCAUUAGAGACGAAUUUCUUCGUAUAAGCACAGCGAGCGGCGACGGCAAGCACUAUUGUUAUCCGCACUUUACAUGUGCCGUCGAUACGGAGAACAUCAAGAGAGUGUUUAACGAUUGUCGGGACAUCAUUCAACGGAUGCACUUGCGCCAGUACGAGCUCUUGUGACUUCGUUCCUGCCAGCAUGUCCUGUCAUCUAUUCGUAUAAAAAUUACGGUAGUGAUCCAUCUUGAGCUGACGCGGAUCAAAUGAAUCGUACCGAUCUGAAUAAUAUCGCGAUGUACGACGAUAUAUAACAUUGGUGCGUGGAACUCUUCUUCGCUUAUCUGAAGCCGUUUAAUUAUUCAGAAAGUAAUGCGUCGAAGACUCCGCGUGUAUGCAUACAUGAUUGAUGACUGCGAGUCGAUCAUUCUUCUUCGACAGAGAGUUCAAGGAGAAAAGUUGAUACGCAGUGGUAGUUGGGGAUUACCUAAAGAAAAUCUGUCUCGCAACGGAGAGAAUAGUUCUCUUUUUGCACAGAAUCGCUUACUAUGUCAUUGGUGUACAAGCAAAUUAUAUGCCCUCGCGCAUUCUACUCUAACGAUCGUUUUGACAGAAAGGAAAAAAAAAAAUAAUAUAUAUAUAUAUAUAUCUUGGGCAUUUUCGAUUACUCGACUCCUUUUUUAGGUUCCGUCGAGAGUGUGCUGAACGUCCUGAAUGGGGAGGGGGGAGGGGGGGGGGGAAAUAAUAUUCUUUGCUAGAAAAAACACGUGCAAUUUUAACUAUUACCUCGUUAAUUUUAUUCUUAUUACGCAUCAAUUUGUUGAUAAGAGUGUGAGAAAAAGAGAGAGAGUCUGGAAGAGAGCGAGAAUGUACGAAUGUUUCAACGUGGGCCAUUGUUACAAACUAACAAACUGACGGCGAUCGCCUGGCUCCUUCGUCCGGCACACUCGUCGCGUUAUUAUCUCGUUCAGAUUUAGUAUUAAGAAUGUUUCCUUAAGAUUUAGGUGAUUUCUCCGAUAAAAA